AUGGCUCAAUUAUUCAGGGCGACAGGAAUUGUGACAAAUCAACCGACACAAUUCUAUCGCCAUUCAGGAGCCAACAAUGCGCACGAUGCUGGAGCCUCUCUAUCAGCCAUUCCUAACGGCGGCAGUCGCCUCAAUACCCAUUACCUGCAUCCCCUCCCAAAAGGCGUCGCAUAUGCCAUGACUGGUGCUUUUCAACCUGGUCUGCCUCCAUGGAUCAAGCGCGAUUGCCUCACACCGCCGGUCGAGCUUCAACAACAGAUCUUUCCUUUCAUUGAGGAGGACUACUUUACGGAAUGCCCAGACUGGCUUCUAUGGACCAGGGAUAUUAUGGAGGGCAGGAGCGAGCUUGGUGGCAGACCCAACCCUAUGCCAAUGCCGGACGAGUCCAACCGAUCCGCCGUUUUACGACUCAAAUUUUUACUCCUUCUUGUACACCUGAGAAAGGUCCUGCUACAGGACGCAGCAGCCCUUCUGGAACUCAAAUCCAAGGAUGGAGUCCUGUACGGCCAUCACCACGUCUUCAACCUCCCAGUCUUCAAGAGCCCCGAGUUUCUCGUAUUCAAGGAGCGACUUGUAGCAAAGAUGCUCACCCUUGCACCUCCUCAAUCGGACAGUCUACGCCACAACGCCCAUACUUAG